CCAGCGAAAACACCACCUGAGAAUUCUCAAAGCACUGCUCUACACUAAUAAUGGACAGAAUGACCUGUAAAGUUGUAAGGUCCCAAAUUCCUUUCUUUUCCAACCAUUGAAUGCAGAUAACUUACAGCUUACACUAGUGAAAGAAGCAGGUGCAAUGCAUUCCAGAUUUUGCUCUAUUUAAAGCUCCAGAAGCCUCAGAGAUGUAACAGCAGAGUCGAACGUUAAAUCAGAUCUGCUUAGACACACAAGAGAGGAAUGGAAAAAUCAGAGCCAAUCCCGUAUUCCACUUAUGUUGUACCUGCCCUCCUCUUGCUUGGAUGGCUUGUCGGGUGUGUAUUAAUGGUUUGGUUUGUCUUCUCUUAAAAGAGGGAAAGAAGCCUUUGCAAAAGAACUUCGGGAAUUGGAGGAAGAAAUGCCCAUUUCUUGUUUAAAUAUACUGUGCAAACUACUGUAUGUUACAAUGAAGACAUGAUAUAUACUUUCUGUCUGCAAAGUGCUAAAUGCAGAACUCAUAACCAAAGCAAUUUUGUAGCCUUUAAGAAACUUUUGUAUUAAAACUGAAUUGGAUGUUUA